AACGUUCAGGUGAGUUAUAUUUCAUCAUUUGUUGCUUAUAUUAAUUAUAUUCAUUUGAUUGAAUUGUGUAUUUUUCUCGGACAGUGUAUGGAACAGACAUGGUAUUUGGCGCUCGACAUGCAACUCUUUAUCGUCUCACCUCUUGUCAUCUACUUGAUGUGGCGAUGGAAGAAAAUUGGAUUGCCUCUACUCGGGUUUUUAUUUAUCUGAACCAUCGCGGCCAACUUCGCCAUUUUCGCCGUGUUCGAUUUGAUGCCUACGGUGAUGCCCACCCGGACAAUGGAUACGAUCGCAAUGGGUCUGGACGCCGAUUAUUAUUACACCAAACCGUGGACUCGGGCUCCACCCUUUAUCGUUGGAGUUUGGCUUGGCUGGUUCUUGUACGUCACCAAAGACUCAAAGAAGCGCACAUCCAAGAUAAUAUUAGUCAUCUUCUGGACAAUGUCGUCAGCCAUCAUCUUGGCCGUCAUUUACGGCUUGAUUCCUUACUUAGAUGAAACCGCUGUGCCGGCAAUCGACCCGACAGUUAGUUUGUUUUACAGAUCUCUGCACAGAACGGCAUGGGCCGCAGCUGUUGCCUGGAUCGUCUAUGCCUGCACGAAAGGUUACGGAGGCAUCAUCAACCGACUGCUGUCGUGGAAAGGAUUUCUACCUUUGAGCCGGCUGAGUUAUUGCGUCUAUCUCAUUCAUUUCGCUUAUCUUGACGCAUUCUACGCCUCCAAUCGCAAGCUCGUUUACUACACUUUCAACAGCCAACUGAUGACCUAUUUGGGCAUCGUCGUCACAGUCUUCGGGCUGGCCUUUGUCGUCUCCAUUACCGUCGAGGCCUCCUUCCUCAACAUUGAGAAACUUCUUUUUGCUGCUUUUUCACCACCCAAACCCAGAGAGUCUGAUGAUGAUAAACAAAACUCUCCAAGACGCAUCGAUUGGAAAAAUAAAUCCUGGGACAAAUAUUGAGCUUACAUAAGAAAUACAAACGAAAUAAAUUACAGAAAAUACGAUUGUGUGAACAGUGAAAAUACCAGAACUUUUGUUUGUUUUUU